AUGAAGCAAGCGAAAGUCAUCCCGAAUUCAAUAAGCAAUCACGAUGUGGUUAUGUCAACCCUGACCCUGAAGAAGUGUCGUCCAAAGCCCGUCUAUGUCUCUGUCCGAAGUUUCAAGAAUUACAACCCAGAGGCCUUUUGUGAGGACAUAUAUAAUGCUCCAUGGUCCGUCAUUAACAACUUUGACGAUGUCAAUGACAGUUUGAAUGCUUUUGAUGUGUUAUUUAAUGGGAUUCUUGAUCAACAUGCACCAGUCAGAAAAGUUAAAGUGAGAGUUCGUCCACAUCCCUUUGUUACAGAAGAGAUUCAAAAGCUGACGAGAAUAAGAGAUUGUUGGAGAAAAAUAGCUCGGAAAAUUGGUGAUCCUGUGCGUGGUCUACUUACAGGGACUACAAACGGGAUGUUAAACGGAAAUUACGUCAAGCACAAAGAUUGUAUGUGGAGCAGGAAAUAA